AAAGAUAUAUUCUAGUCUCUCUCUUUAUCAAUAGUGCCCAAAAUAUUGCGCCACAUCACAUGACCUUGCAACACCUCCAUUGAUAUUGGUCCCUUCCAUGUGGCUUCCUCCAUUUGAUUCUCCCCUUCUUUAAAACUCUAACAACCCUUCAUUUCUCCACUUCACAACCUCUUCAAUUGCAACUCCAUCUUCUUAGGAACUCACCCCUUUGAGACCCAUAAAAAAGUUGGGAUCUCUUGAGGUUUCUGAAUGAAAAAUCACUUUUGAGGUUUCAUUCACAACCAAGCCAAACAUGCCCUUAUGCCUUACCUCUCUCUGAGAUUUAUUUCACCCACCGCAGAUCCAUGGCACCUGUCAUAAGCCUCACCACAUGUUAGCAAACCCCUCCUCCUUCUAGAACUAUUUCCUUUCAUUUCUCCGACAGAAACCUUCACUGUUUUCAGCAAAACAUCAUGCGAUUCAAGCUCGGCAAGCGCGUGACCCGGGUCACAAAAUGGAUCUUCAGGAGGUUCAAGACCCGACCCGGAUACCGCCGAUUGAAUCCAUCUCCGGCGAGAAUCGGCAACGGAAGCACCAUGGCGAAGCUUCUCACGUGGGGACGGAAGCUAACGAAGGGAGCGAAAUCCCUCUGCGCGAGAAACGGGUCGGGUUACAUUCCGGUUGAAUCCGAAAAGACCCCGGCGGCGGUGCCAAAGGGGCAUCUGGCGGUGUACGUGGGGCAGAAAGACGGGGAGUUUCACCGCGUUCUGGUGCCGGUGGUGUACUGCAACCACCCUUUGUUCAGUGAUUUGCUGAGGGAAGCGGAGAGGGAGUACGGGUUUCACCACCCGGGUGGGAUCACGAUUCCUUGCCGGGUCACCGAGUUUGAACGUGUCAAGACCCGAAUUGAGUCCGGGUCGGGUGGCCGUGGCGGUUUGGUGCGGCGGCGACUUUGUUGACUGUUGAUGGGUAAGUAGUGAUGUUGACGAAAGAUAAAUGUUAGAGUUGAUGGUGACUGAGGAAUUCUUUUGGAUCUUUUGUUGUUUUUCUGGAUUAGAUUGUAGUUGGAUUAGAAUUUAGAACACCUCGUGUAAAUGGAAUUUUGGAUGUAAAGUAUGAAUAGAUGUUUCAUUUUCAAAUUUCAA